AUGCCACCGGAGAUCCUUCUGAAGAUCCUAUCGUACCUGGAUGCCCUCUCUCUCUUCUCCAUCGGCUUCACCAACAAGCGAUUCUAUGAGAUGGCCCACAACAAUGGAAUGUGGCACAAGAUGUAUUCUGCAGAGUAUGGUCACAGUAAGAAGUGGAGGCCCAAGCGUUUGGACGAGGUGCUGGAUAAACUGAGUGCGGUGGUGGUCCAGGAGAGACCAGAGAGCUAUUGGAGAAGACUGUACUUCAGGACCAUGGCUGGCUUCAAUGAGACCAAGUGGAGGAAGGAGUUGAGAGACAUCAACCCUUUCACAGGCUUGCCCAGUCAGACUGAAAGAAUCCUCAGGAGCCAGCGUGUGACCUGGGAGAUCACAGUGUCUGACAAGUGGGGGUUGGAGGGGACGUUUGAGCAGAGCCGUGCCUACUUCUCUGACUCGUCCGUGACGGUGUGCUGGAGCAGCGGGCGCUGGCCCUCCUUCCACCAGCUCUCUACCUUACAGCUAGAUGGUGUCAAAAGACAAGCUCUCAGCUCCCCUAACAUCAAUAAGCCUGGCUGGCGGUCUCUGAUGGCUAAGUUUGACAGGGACACCAUCUCUAAGAGUGGCCAGGUCAUCGGUAGAGACCAACUAGUCACCCUGGUACUCUUUUCGCCUAGCAUUGUCAUUGGUGUCUGGAGGGGCCGGUGGUCCAUUGCCUUUGUGAUGGCCAGCUUCCACUACCACAGGCUGGUGGAGAGGAGUCUCCUGGGCACCUCAAUGUGCCCCUAUUCCAUGCCAGAGAACAAGCCUCCUUUCGACGACAUGGACCCUGACUCCGGCCUCCAUGGUUACACGCUCCGCAUUAUACUACACAACACUGUGACCCAGAUCAUGGCCGGCCACUUCUCUCAACUCUACUGUAGCAAAAGUCAGGUCCAUGGUGGUUUCAUCCAGCUGAAUGUCAUCAACAGGGGAAGCCUGUCCCAGCACACCCCUCUCUCUGGCAGGAUCAGCCUACCCUGGAAGUGUGAGGCUCUAGAGGGCACCGUGGAGAAUUGCUGCAUGAUGAGCCUGACCCUGAUGGAUGAGUACCAGAACCCCUUCUGGUGUGUCAGCACACCCGUGUGUAUGGCACUGAACAGUAAGGAGCCAUCCAACGACUACGAGGGUCAGCACUUCCUGAUCAAGUACCAGGAUGCAGAAGGCAAGGUGAGGAUGGACCUUGUGUGGCUGGAAGAGCAGAGACAGUACUUCCUCAUCAAUCUGGUAGUCUUCAUCGCCACGGCCAAGGUCAACAAGCACUUUGGGAGAGCCUACUGACUCUGCAUGUAGAGGUGGCACUGUACUGCCAUCCUCUACCCUAAGGCCUUCAUAAUGAUGACAAAGUGGUGACAUAAGCAGUUGUCAGCUGUCAUGACAGUUUAUGACAUCUGUUAUGUUGUUGUUAUGCAGUAUAAUGUAGGCCUUAUGAUAGAAGCUUGAAGUGUUGAGCCUGUAUACAGUAUGUCAAUUGAUGACAUAAUUUAGUUGUGUUUUGUUCUGAGUAAUUUUGAAGUAGUUCAAGUUUGAGAGUUUGCCCCGGGCCAGUUUUCAUUAUUUCUGUAUAUUUAUAUAGUUUUAUGCAUUGUUUUGUGAAUCAUUAGUACACAUUGGAAAAAUGUAAUCCUACUUUUUUUAAGUAUGUCUCGCCAUAUUAUAAAGAGCAAAACUACAUGUGAAAUGUGUUAAACAGAGUUGAACUAUUUUGGGUUUGUAAACUUUCUGUUACAGAUGGACUAUCUGAUUCUGAUAAAUAUUCU